CCUCUCGCUAGUAUCACGCUUCAUACCCUGGAGUGCUUGCAGUUCCCGCAUUCACACUCCCCUCACAACAGUUUACAUUAAAUAAAUAAAUAAAUAAAAAGGGAAUAAAUCCGUCAGAAAUAUGUUCACAAAGGUUUGUAAAGUGUGCGCGUGAAAAUAUUCGCAAAAGCGAACGCAAAGAUCAUCGAAAAUCAUUCUUGAAGUGAGCAAACCCAGACAGCAGAACUCAAACAGAAGUGAAUACGGAAAUUAUGGAGCCAGAUCCAUAUUACAGACAACUAUGCUCCUCCGAGACGCUGCGUUCCGGGUCGAAAGGCUUCUUCCGGGACUUCACAGAGGCAGUGGUAAACAAUGCAGGAGACACUUGGAUUGCUAAAGUGUUUGGCGAACUCGACGGCGACGACGAGCGCAUGCGGGUGAUAUUUACCGACCCGAGAAUCAAGAAUUCGGUCGUGAAUACGCUGGACAGGGUUAGACAUAUCUACAGAGACAAAGACGCGCGAAUUUCGAGGAGCAAGCGGCUCGAAGGUAUACAAUAUUGUCGUUCUGGAGAGAAUAAAAAGGCUCUGAUACUACUGAGCCAGGCGGUGCUCCGCGCGCCGAUGACAGGUCGAGUGAAGGCAAUCGAUGAAGGGUACAGCUUAGCAUUGGCUUUGGUGGCACGUGCGGACGUACUAAUUGCACUCGGCGAAUUUCAGAGGGCUGUUGAUGAUUUGAGAGCAGCCGGAGAGGAGCAGUUGCCUAACGACUUCAGAGCACAAAUCGACUCAAAAUUGAAGGAACUUGAUGAACGUCUCGAAGACGUCCACAAAGCAGUGAAAAUACUGGGACCAGCCAGGAGAGACCAGUACUGUAAACCGAUUCCACCCCAGUUAACAGAUGGACCGAAUCCAGAAUUCCCGGGGCUGUCGCGACUCGUGGAGAUCCGUGAAUCACCGGAUGUGGGGAGGCAUGCAGUAGCAGCGGGUGAUGUACGAGUUGGAGAUACUCUUGCGACAGAACCCCCAUUAGCUUCGUGUCUUCUGCCAGAUUAUUAUGGGACUCACUGUCAUCACUGUUUUGUUAGACUACGAGCGCCCAUGGGCUGCCCUCACUGCAGCACUGUUGCCUUCUGUGGUGUUGGAUGCAGGAACGAAGCUAUGGAAAGUUAUCACAAGUAUGAGUGCAAAGUUUUAGCUCUUUUCAUAGGGUCUGGAAUGAGUAUUCUCAGUACACUUGCCCUGCGCAUGGUGACCCAAGUAGGCCUCCAAACUUGCCUGAAACUCCACCGUAAGUGCAAGGAGAUUGCGGAAUUCAAAACCACGAGAAACGAGUUGGAAAGUCAAAGUGAAGCUUCUGCAAAGCCCGAGGGUGGCAUGAGUAAAUCCGCUAAACGGCGUUUGAGGAAGAAAAAACUUCUGGAACAUUCACAGCAGAUGAAAGGCACUGGAGAUGUGGAUUUCCGGGCGUAUGAACUCGUUACUCACGAAUCAAUGAGGUCACCUAGUGAUUUUUUUGAACGAACACUCAUGGCCGCUUUUCUGCUCAAAUGUCUGAUGACUGUUGACUUCUUUGGAAGCACGCGAGCGAGUAUUAACUCUCCGACAGACGAGGAGAUAACAAUAGGCUCACUUCUGCUCCGCAAUCUGCAAUUACUUCAAUUUAACGCUCACGAAAUUUUUGAAACCCGCAGUGGUAACGAACACCGCUUUCGGGGUAACAAAACCGUCUACCUGGGGAUAGCUAUUUAUGCGAGCGUGGCACGCUUCAAUCAUGAUUGUUACCCCGCUGUCACGAGGUACUUCACGGGCCGGGACAUUGUCAUAAGGGCGACGCGCCCGUUGAAGCCGGGAGAGGUGGUUGCCGAGAAUUACGGACCGAUUUUCAUGAAGAGGAGUCUCAAAGAACGGCAGAGGGUACUCAGUGGACGCUAUUGGUUCAAGUGCACUUGCAGAGCUUGUACUGAGAAUUGGCCGGAUUUUGAUGGACUCGUUGAUUACUCGACACGAUUGAGAUGCACAACUGAAGGAUGUAGAGGAUCACUCCACCGAUUGAAAAACGGAAAUCCGAGUAUCAAAUGUACAACUUGUCAACGAAAGAUAAAUCUGAAAGAGCGUAUUGCGCGACUGGAGGAAUGCGAGGAGGAGUAUAAACGUGGAUUCACGAGUAUGGAGGAGGAAAAGUCGGAUGAGGCUUUGCGUCAAGUGGCGCAAGCACUUGAAAAAUUUCACAUGCAUGCCUGGCCGCCUCACAGGGAUACGCAUUUGGCGGAAAUAGCACUGGCUGCUUGUAUGGCGGAGAAUGGAAAUGCGUGGAAAAUUUUUACCGAAUGAUCUCCCUCGGGCUAUUCCAGGCCGAGUUAUUGCAUAUCCGUAUGAUAUCUGAUAUUCAUGGUUGGGAAAUGGUUGCGAGUGGAAGGGAUGUUUUCGCGUUCAGAGGAUGGACAUCCUGGGAUUAAUAAUCACUGAGUGAACGUUUCGAUGAGUUUAUAACCAAAUAACGCUAACGGAAAUAUAAUUGGAAAUUCGAUGAUUUUAUUUUCAAUUUUAUGAAAUGUAAAAAGUUGAAAUAAAAGGGAUGGUGGUGCGCAAUUUAAUUAUCCAUUGGACUGUCGAGUUGCUUCAUCAAUAUUGUAUGGAGUCUAUUUCCGUAUGUAGAAAAUUGAAAUAAAUGAAAUUGGAUGGAUGGACGUUGGGUUGGAUUCGAGAUUUUUUUUCGCCUGAAUUGAGUGAAAAAACGGGUGCCCGGAAUUAAAUGACGUCACUUUUUCAAAUGAGAAGUCUGAGAGAAGAAAUUAGUUCUGCGGAAAAAUUAUAUGUUCCCCUGAGGAGAUCUUUUGACGGGUUGAAUCAAUUUACUUGGGGAUAAAGAAGAAAGUUCCCACCGAAACAUGAUAAUUUUUGUAGUAGUAAUUGUUCUCGUGAGACAU